CCAUUCUUCACUCCACUUCUGUUUUUUGUGAUUUUUAGUUUGCGAAUUUUUGCAGAAUCCUCUUUACAAACUGGAGAAAAAGCAAUUAUUUCACACUGGUGCAUUGACCAACAGGCAGGAGUUUGUAAAGUAUUGGGGGUCUGUUGUUAUUGAGGAAACUUUAAAUUAAAUUGCAAACAAUGGCAUCAUUUGUUUGGGAUUAUUUGUUGUGUUUGCUGCCGUCCCUGCUCCUCCUGCUGUUAUCUCUGGCUCGGCGCUGGCCCAGGGUCCGCUGUUGGACCAGGCUGGCUGUCAGGGCUGCAGGCUGGAGACUCUGGGUCCUAGUCUGUCUGAUCCUGGAGCUGCCACUGGACAGAAAUACAAGAACAUGGACCAAAGAAGCCAGAUCACCAGUUGUGGAUGUUUUGUCUCCCAGGCUCAUCUGUAAACCCUCAGCGCUGGCCAAAUAUCUGCUACGGCACUGCGGCUCCCUGGCCAGGCCGAGACUCGCCUCCUGGCCCCGAGGAGACCCCCAUGUCCAGACUCUGUCCAGCCUGCUGUGUGGACAACAUGAGGACACUUUGCAGUUCUCCAGAGACAAUCUGCUGCUGAGAGACGGGGGUGUGGUGGCUCUGGACUGGGCCGUGGGUACACGACUGGGCGAGGUGUUUGGGAGGAAGAGGUGGGAGGGGAAGAAGGAGGGGAAGACGCUUGGCUGCUUCACUGCGACACCUCCUGUCCUCCUCCUCGUCCCAGAGUCCUGGGGAGGGCUGACCCCCCACCUGAAGGCGCUGUGCCAUCAGGCCAUGUGUCAGGGCUUUUACGUGGUAGUGUUCCAUGCUCGAGGCACGGCGGCAUGCCCGCUGACCACGGCCAGACUGACUGAGUUUGGAGACCCAGCGGAUCUUGAGCAGGCUGUAACUUACGUCCACAGCCGUCAUCCGUCCUCUGCGCUGGUCGCAGUGAGCGAGGGUUCAGGCUCGGGGACUCUUCUCUCCUACUUGGGGGAAUGUGGAUCAAGUACAUACCUGACAGCAGCUGCAGCCAUCUCACCUGUACUGCAGGGACAGCUGUGGUUUGAGACAGCCAUGCCUCCAGCUUACCGGUGGGGGACGCUGUUUCAGCGGAAACUGCAGCUCAGUAGAUACGCAACUUCCUUCAGAGGAGUCCUGGAUGUGGAUCGUGCCCUCAGCUGUUCCUCCCUCAGAGACUUUGAAGAAACUCUCUUCUGCUCUUCGUCCCGGCGUCAUCAGAGCAUCGCCAGACCUCCAAUAAGCUCUCUGAAUCCUGGACUAAACUCUCUUCCCCCGCAGGGCCUGGCUCCCUCUGUGGCGUGGGCGUUGGGCGAGAGGGCGUACCCUGCCGAGGACUGGGACAACUACUGGGAGAGGAACGAACCACUGAGGGAUGCAGACGAGGUGGCCGUGCCUGUGCUCUGUAUCCGCAGCCGGGACGACCCUCUUCUUCCUCCUGCCUCCACUUUACCCCUUCCUCUUUUCCAGAGCAAUCCUUAUUUUUUUCUGGUGCUGACGGACCAAGGAGGACACUGUGGGUUCACUCUGGAGGGACGAGAAGAGACAGAUGGAGGGAUGACAGAAAAUUAUGCGGAGGAAGAAGCUAACUGGAGUCAUAUUGUAGUCCUGGAGUAUUUCAGAGUUGUGGCUGAUUUCCUAAAAGGAGAGAAGAACGGGUUGAACUCGGAUGGUCCACUAGGAGAGUAUAGUCCAACCGGGCUGAGGAACAGGACGAGCAACAUGCCUCCGCCUUGCAGGAGGAGAGCCAACAUGAUGAAGAGACAGACCUUGGCGGUGCCUGAAGAGAGCAGUGUGGACGCAGAGGAAGGGAAGUUCACCUGGAAGAGGUCGUACACACGCUGAGCAGGAACAGAUCUUUGGACAAUAAAAUUUAAUUUUGUACUGAGCCAAAUUGAUCAGAGGAAAGAAGACCUUUGGUAAAGACCAACAAGAACAACAUCUUCUCAGAACAUGGAUUCACUUGUUUGAAAUUCUAACAAUAAAUCUUUAAAAAUGAAAAAAAUAAAAUAAAAUCUGGAGAUGUGACUUAAAAAGGCUCUGCAAAUUUAACAAACAGUUUGAACUUGAACUCACAUCUAAGUGAAGCACUGUUUCACUUAAAGAUUAAAUUAUAAUUCAUGAGACAUUCAUGAAAAACAGUAGCCUGGCUAACACCAGACUAAUCACAAAUGAGAUUAGUCUGGAAACCAGCCGUUCAUUUUUCCGUAGAGGAGGCGUGGUUUACGAUCCUCCAGAGCCGUUUAUUGGGCGCUUAGAAUGUCUAUCAAAAGCGUCUGUUGGUAGCUCUUAGCCAAUCGUAUCAGUUAUACCAGAUGACGUAGUAGACCGACAGAAAUGGAUGUUUGUUGCGUGUGUGUCUGUGAGAGAGUGUUGCUUGCUGCUUUGCUUCUCCAGUUCUCGCUUUCUGCAAGAUUAUUUAUUUUCACGCUUUAUUCCCCCUCAUGUCAUUCAGCCACACACAUCCACUGAUUUUAUGGGC